AUGGUGGAUGAGAAAGUGAUUGUUAAUGAAGUCGAGACAAGAGACUCUUAUAGAGCUGCGUACGUGAUCCAUUUUUUGCUGGGUGCUGGUAGUUUAAUACCAUGGAACGCUUUGAUCACAGCCGUUGAUUACUUUGGCUACUUGCAUGCCGACAAGCAUGUGGAGAAGACUUUCACCGUGGCUUACAUGAGUUGCUCGGUCUUGGUUCUGGUUUUGAUGAUGACUUGGAACACAAGAUUGAGCUAUAGACUGAGGAUGAACUUAGGGUUUUCCAUGUUCAUCAUUUCCAUGAUGGUUUCGCCAAUCAUAGAUUGGGUCUGGAAAGGCGAAAACAACGAGAAUGUGUCUUACCUCUUGAUGGUUGGAUCAGUCGUUCUCUGUGGUUUAGCUGAUGGGUUGGUUGGAGGAAGUUUGAUCGGUUCAGCCGGAAAGCUUCCUAGACAGUACAUGCAAGCAAUUUUUGCCGGGACUGCCUCUUCAGGUAUUACCAUUUCCAUCCUAAGAGUUACAGCUAAAGCUUCGCUGCCACAGACACCGCAGGGGAUGCGAACCAUUGCUCAUUGCUACUUCAUAAUAAGCUCGACCAUCCUACUCUCCUGCUUCAUUUGCUGUAACGUGCUAUACAAGUUACCACUGAUGUAACAACACCUUAAGUUUCAACAACCUUUAUACUCGAACCUGACAAUAUGGAUGGUUGGGAGGAAGAUCAAGUGGCCAACCUCGGUGUACAACAUCUCGGAUUUCGUUGGCAAGUCACUCGCUGCACUCUAUCUAUGGCAGAGUGUAAAAUCUGCUACUUGGGCUUGUAUCAUUAGGCUUCUCUUUUAUCCUCUCUUCUCGGCCUGUCUACGUAGACCGCACUGGCUUAGAACAGAAGUGCCCGUGGUUGCUCUGACCUUCAUGCUAGGCCUCACCAACGGCUAUCUCACCAGUGUCCUCAUGAUCAUGGCUCCCAAAACGGUUCAUGCAUCAGAGGCAGAACUUGCGGCAGUUUUCAUGGUUGUUUUUCUAGGAAUAGGUCUUGUUUGCGGUUCAGUUCUUGGGUGGGUCUGGCUCAUAUGAACUUCUUAUUGUCCGAGUCAAAAAGUUCACUAUGGAUAUGUAUUAUUAAUAGUAUGUAUCCAGUUUCUAACUCAAAAGUGGGAAAGGUGCCAGU